AUGGCGCGAUGCGGACCACGGCGGGGGACAAACCUCGAUUUAGUGGCCUUUGACCUGAACAUCACCCACCCAGCGCAAAGAAGCACUCAAGCACUCACUACAACGCAGCCAGGUACUCGUACCGUGCUGGACUGGAUGGCCAAGGCGGGUCUCCGAGACUCGGCUGGAAGCGUGAUGACCUGGCAGUUUUGCUUUUGCUUCCCUUACAUGGACCGGGUGGACAGCCCUAGAAUCCGACAGAUGGAUGAUGCUGUGCCUACUGUGCACAAGUACUACCUACCACUAGAGGCCAGAGCUGCCAUGGCUGCCGGCGUGGCGAGCGCAUCGAGGCUGGCUGGGUUGCUGGGCUGCGUGUAUGCCUGUCGGUUCCUGCCCAAGGCGAACAGGCCCUAUCCCAGCUGGGUGUGCACACUGAAGCCGUAG